AUGCGGACGUCGACAACGGGGUGCGGUGUCGACGUCGAAAUAGAGGAGGAACCGGUGGUUGGUGAGGACGGCGAGUUGGUGAGCGGCGGCGAGGUGGUGCACGAACAGCAGCCGCCGGACGGUGGUAUCGAGGUGAUCGAGGAGAUGGAUGAAGAUGGUGGUGGACCGGCGAAUGGUGGCAUCAUUGUGACCGGAGGUGAACAGGAGGACGAUGGAGACGAGCAGAUUGUCCUGGACGCCGUCGCGGCUGCAGCGGUCGCCGCAGGCGAACUAGUGGAUUGCACGGGAAGGGUCGUAAUCACUGAUGGUGGCGAUCCUUCGGAAGGUGUGAUCAUCGAUACGGCCACGGAUGAGGACGAGGAAUUGCUUUUGCACCACCAUCACCACCAUCAUCAUCAGCACCCGCAGCAUCAUGAGGAGAUAUUGCAUCGAUCGUGUUGGAACGAUCGUGAGGAGGAGCUGGCGGAAGAAGAGAUCGUGCAGCACGGGUUCGACGAGGAUGAGGAUGAUGAUGAUGAUGGUGGGUCGACGGUCGUUACCGUCACAACGGCCAGCGGCAGUCGACGGGGAAUAGGUGGUCAUGGGGGCCGCAGCAUCAGCUUCGUCACCACUUCCGACGUGCUACCCACGAUCGGCAGCAGUGGAGAUGGUGAUCUCGAAGGAGUGGAGGUAAUUGGUGGUGACGAUGAAGAAGUAGUAGGCCAAGGAGGACACACCCUAGUUGGUGGCGGAAGCGGGUUGCGGCUCACAACUUCCGGUGUGAGUUUGGAGCUUUCUAGCGAAAGCUCUCCGGCAGCAGCAGCGGCCGCGCCGGACACCACCACGACGUCAUCGGGAAGAGGAGAAGGCGCGGAUGACGACGAAACGGAAGCUGAGGCAACCGGUGGCAAUGACGAUGAUGAUGACGACGGUGGUGGUGGGAACGGCGGCGGCGGUGGCGGUGGCGGAGGAAACAGUACCGAUCACGCCGGGUUACCGUCGUCCUAUAAGCAUUUUUUCAUUUUGUAGACAAAUGAACGUGUUUUGUUUACGGUUUGCCAUCAACUCAUGGCCUCGCGCAGAAGCGCGCGACGAGGAUUUGUUGUUAAGCCGAAAACGCGCUUAACGCGUACUGUGUAAAAGAAUUGCUUUCUUUUCGAUGUGGUUAAGAGUAAGGUGUUGAUAGAUUGUACUCUUCUUUUCACGCGCGCAAACACCUCACCUUUUAGAGGUGCUGCGGCACACGAAAUCACUCUACGCAGGAUUAUUUAAGUUAGGAAUAUGUUUUAUUAGUUGCGCAAUAAGCGUGCGUGUGUGGAUUUGAAUUAUAAAUUCCAAACUACUACCACCCCAUCGCGACAAAACAAUAUCACUCACUGACUGGAGUGACACGUUCGUGACGAUGAUGAUCGGUGCAAACGCUGAUGAGUGUGUGUGGAGCUGCCGAUCACCGUAUCAAUAAUGGUGGAUCUUCUCUUCC